AUGAGUAUAGUCGAGAUAUUACCUUUAGAAGUCAUUGAUAAGACAAUUAACCAAAAAGUAUGGAUCAUCCUACAAUCAAAUCGUGAAUUUACUGGUACUCUUGUUGGAUUUGACGAUUUUGUUAACGUUAUCAUAGAAGACGCAACUGAAUGGACCAUCAAUGAGAACAACGAAAACGAGUUAGUAAUGGAGCAUCACGGUAGAUUACUACUUAGUGGUAACAAUAUAAAUAUGCUUGUACCAGGUGGGAAGAAGGACUGUUAA